UCUACCACUGAAAAAGAGCAUUGCUAGAGGGGGAGCGGGAGAGGGGAGAGAAAAGAAGAUGGCGUGGGAUCUACACCCUUGCUCAUUCAUUUCGCUGCUCGGCUCUCUGUCUGUCCUGCUUUCCCUGUACAUGUCGGUUGUGGUUCCACAGAUCCCCGAUCCUGAGUUUGGUACAACGAGUCCUCCAAGGAAGAAACCAGAUCCAGUGACAUCAGAAACAGUUGUUUUUUGGGGGCUGCGGUUAUGGCAAGUCAUAGGAGUUUUUUCAAUUUUCAUUCUGGCAGUUAUGAGGCUGGUGGUGCCAAAUUGCUGUAUCCAGUAUACAAAGUGCUUUGGGAUCCUUUGGGAUAAAGUAAUAACUUUAUGCUGCAUCUUCAAGUGUCGAAUCCCAAGAACAAAAAAGGAGAUUGAGGCACGACAUGCACAAAGACAGGCAGCAAAGAAAUAUGCAAACACACUGGAAACGGUACCCCCUCUAAAUGAACUCACUGAAAUACCGGGAGCCUCUGCAGACACUUCCUCCCUCCAGACUGUUUCUGGUCAGGUACAAGCUCGCAAUGUCAACCCUCUUCCUGUAGUGAAAGAGGAGGAUGAGAUGACCCUUCAUGGAAACUAAGGGAAAGACCUUUCAUCUAUUCUUUGCUGUCCUCUAACAUUACUCUUUCACUUUACUGUUACUGUUUGAUGGAUCCUGAAAAGAUAAAAAAUGUAUUACUGCAUCAGGAACUGAUCAUUUUAAUUAAAAGGAAGUGAUCUGUAUUCUGCAAAGGAAAGGGGAUUUAUUUUAAAUAAGCCUACUAAGCCUACUGUAUAUUGACAUGAAACACAAGGUAUGCUAAAAUUAAGAAGGCUAUAUACAGCUCUACAUGAAACAAUGUUAAAUGUGCUUUUGAACCAAUUUUGUUUUAAAACUUACAAAAUAUAACUCUUUGAGAUACAAAAAUACAUGGCAACAAAAUUAUCUUUGUGUGCAUGCUUCAGAUUUUUUUAUUGCAAGAAUUGUAACACAUAAAGGACUUUCUGUGAAAUGGA